CUCUUCGAAGAGAUCGAGGCAGAGCUCGGGAAGCAGCCCGCGUUCCAGAUCUCAGCAUCAGGGCGGAAGUCCACCCAGGCAGGACGCUCGGAGUGGAGUCGUCAUGAGAAGAGCGAUGGCAUGCCAGCUCACGCGGGCCAGGCGGGGACGCUGCGACCCUGCGAGUUCGACCAGAUGGCUGUCGUUCCAGCGGGUGCUUUCAGUUGGUUUAGUGUAGACUUGAUGCGGUUCCAGAAAGAGGUGCAAAAUAUUAAAUUCCAUGCCUCGGAGUUCACUGCGGGCUUGAAAGAGAUGGAGGCCAUGGUCGCGGAGUCCAUUAUUGGGCACACUCGUGACACAGACAUCAGAUUCGGAACUGUCCGUUGGUUCGAGCAGUGCCUGCAGGACACCAGUGCCAAGCUCGAAUGGACAGAGGCGAAGAUCCACGGCCUUUUCGACGCCGGCUCGCACAUGAAGGGUAUGGACCAGGGCGUCGGCCAUGCCAUGGGCGCUGGAAUUUCUGAGAGCGUGAGCGAGCAUUGGCACUGGCCGUUCGAUGGCGGCAUCAAGCCCCAGCCGAUUGCCAAGAC